ACAUCGGUCAAAGAGCUUGCGCCAAACAAUUUUGGUGAAGGAACAGCAGAUAAAGACACAGAGUGCCUUCACUGUACUGAUGGAACAUUCUCAAAUGGCACAUCAACGUCUUGUCAGAACCACACAAAAUGUGAAUCUGUGGGACUGAAACUGAUGAGACCAGGAACUGAUUCAACUGAUUCAGAAUGUGGAGAACAUGGUCCACAUAGAGGACUAGUGGCAGGAAUAGUAAUACCAGGAGUCGUAAUGGCUUUGAUAAUCGGAGGCCUUAUUCUGCACAAGAAAAAAAGAGAAUGGAGAUUGACAUCAAAGAUGGAGACCCUGAGCCAGGAGUUGAGCCAAGGCUGCUGUCUAACAGGGAUUUACUCUCCUGCACCAACCGGCGACCAACAAGAACAUCCCACAACUACCCCUGCUGCCGCUAUGGAUGAUCAUGAUGGUGACCAGAGUCUGGGUCCCCCUCAAGUCCCACAUAAUGGAUCUGUCUCACUCCCACAACAUCCUGAGGAGACUCAGACUGUCCUCUUCAGGACAGACGGAGGACAGGAUCUCUGUCCCUCUCAGUCUGAGUCCCCCCUCCUCCUCCCGGUCCACCCCCCUCACUCUGGGUCCCCCCUCCCCCUCCCAGUCCACCCCCCUCAGUCUGGGUCCCCCCUCCCCCUCCCGGUCCACCCCCCUCAGUCUGGGUCCCCCCUCCCCCUCCCGGUCCACCCCCCUCAGCCUGGGUCCCCCCUCCCCCUCCCGGUCCCCCCCCCUCACUCUGGUGCCCCCCUCCCCCUCCCGGUCCACCCCCCUCAGUCUGGUGCCCCCCUCCCCCUCCCAGUCCACCCCCCUCAGUCUGGGUCCCCCCUCCCCCUCCCGGUCCACCCCCCUCAGCCUGGGUCCCCCCUCCCCCUCCCGGUCCCCCCCCCUCACUCUGGUGCCCCCCUCCCCCUCCCGGUCCCCCCCCCUCACUCUGGUGCCCCCCUGCCCCUCCCGGUCCACCCCCCUCAGUCUGGAUCCCCCCUCCCCCUCCCGGUCCACCCCCCUCACUCUGGGUCCCCCCUCCCCCUCCCGGUCCCAGUCCACCCCCCUCACUCUGGUGCCCCCCUCCCCCUCCCGGUCCCAGUCCACCCUCCUCACUCUGGUGCCCCCCUCCCCCUCCCGGUCCACCCCUCUCAGUCUGGGUAGCAGGGAUGGAAAUGAACGCCCGCCACACGCCAUUUGCCCGUGGAUUUGUUUGGUGGCGGGUGAAUUGUGUCACUUCACCCGCCACUGUGUCGGGUGAUACUUUCAAGUAAGGUCAGAUCAAAUUUGCAUGUUUAAUACUGUAAUGACCUCGCCGGUGACAUAACGAUGUCCAGUCAUAAGUAUUUGAAGGAACUUUAAUGUAACAAACCAGGUCACUGAAACCCGUAACCAACGGCAACAAUCAACACGAACAACAACCGGUUACCCGGGAAACCCCCAACCCGGUCCCUUCAACGUAGAGCUCCCCCACCAUCCUGUUCUCCCAAGCCCCUCCCCCAGCUGACCUGAUGAUUCGCCCCCCACACUGAUUGACAAUAAGAACAUUCCAAUGCAUGCACACAGAACAACUGGCAUAUUAAGCCCAGUUCAGACCAAAGAUUCA